AGAAAUGUCCCAAUCAGAAACUUGAGUUUUCAGCAGAUAUAAAUCCUCCCAUCUGCAAAAUCACAGCAUACUCAAGAAGAGAGACUCUGAGCUUCAUAGCAGAACAUGAAGAAAAUAAGCAUUCAGUUAUUUCUGGCUUUGGGCCUCCUGGCUGUGUGGGACUGUCAAGCAGAGGGAAAGAUGACGGCCUCUGAGUCAGCCUCUAGGUUGGCAUCGCUCCGUUCCAGGCGAAUGGUUGGGGGGAACCUGGCACCUCAUGUACCCUGGCAGGCCAUGGUCUACCUCUCUGAUAGUGUUCUGGACGGAGGCUACGCAGGUGGUGCUCUCAUCUCUGACAGAUGGGUGUUGACAGCUGGAAGAAAUCUCUUUGUGAGGAAAAGUCGACUGGACAUUGAAGGAAAACAGCCAGUUAUCCCUAAAGUGUACUUGGGUAUCUCACAAAAAGUAGACAUUGACAAGUCCAAAGGCUUCGCUGUAGAGAAGGUGGUUCUUCACCCAGGUUUCCAGAACCGGUCUGACUGGGACAACGACAUUGCUCUGAUCAAACUUAAAGACCCAGUGGUUGUGAGUGAAAAAGUGACCCCCAUCCCCCUACCAGAGAGAGGGCAGGACCUGGACAACACAGUGGGUGGGUCGGGGGUCAUCGCCGGUUGGGGCUGGGGGGUGCACCUCAGCCCUGCUACAUCUCUUAAACACCUCGUGCUCCCGCUGGCCGGGCACUCUGAGUGUAAAGCGGAAUACGAACGCAUCCCAUUCACACCAGCGGUGGACGACAACAUGUUCUGCACCGGACCCACAAAGUUUGACCAGAACGUCUGUUUUGGGGACGCAGGAGGUGCUCUGGUGGUGACGGACAAUCAAACGGGAGAUGUUUACGCUGCAGGGAUCCUCUCCUACGAUAAAUCCUGCGGAAGGUACAAGUAUGGAGUCUACAUGAAGAUUUCCUCAUACCUGCCCUGGAUCCACAGCGUCAUCAGGGGAGACACGGAGCAGUCGUCUGCUCUGCGCUCCGCUGCAGUGGCCAAGAUGUACUCGUGGCAGCCAUAAAGCCUCCACCACUCUUGUUUUGACAUCUUUUUGAGCUUUCUUUGCUUUGUCUUCUAUUAGAAAUUACUCAGAAUUAUUAUGACUAGAGUUAAUUACUGCUGUGCUAUGUUGAUAAAAGUUGCAUCUGUGCCAAAGAAUAAAAUAAUCUAUCAGGAUUUCUACUGACUCAGUGUAUUUGCAAUUUCUAUAGCUGUUUUGACUAAAAUACAUGGUGCACCAGACAGAAGCACAACAUAAUUGCCCCCUAUAUUGGACUUUGGUGCUAGUUGUUUUCAACUGACGUUUGGAUUUUUUAUUCUUAGUUGAACCAAGUGUUUGCCCUCUUCUCUUCAUAUGAGUUUUUCCCACACACUUUACAACGUGUUUUGACAAGAGGCAGGAUGUCAAGCAAGAAAACGGGUUGUCCUGCAGGACACUUGAAAAAUAACAAUCUGUGCCCACACUGUCACACGUUUCAUUUUGAAAAAGAGAACUUGAAAGCCCCAUAUUUCGAACAGCUUUUUACUGUGUGGAGUCAAACGCUUAAAAGGAAAGUUAGCAGAGGGCUAAAAUGAGAUGACGCAACUUAUAGUUUGUCCACUUUAAAGGUUGCGGUGAGGAACGCCACUUGAAAGGUGUCUUCAUCUGGCAGGUGCAUCCAUUCCGCUGUGAAUCAGGAACUGUCUUGGCAGCAUGUACUUUGAAAAGUAGUAUGAUGACAUCUGCCUGUCAAGUCGAUACAGUGGGAUUUGAGAUGAUGAGGGAGAGAAAAUUCUAAGACAGUUUUAUUCCUCUGGGUGUUUUUAAGAGUUACGUGAGGACAAACAAGCUUGGGGCACGGAUUGGCAGAUGUUCUUUAUCACUUUCAUCUCAUGAAACUGAGUUAUUUAAGCUAUUAAUGAUGGCUCAGAGGAUUUCGAAGAUGGCUUCUGCAAUGAAAACUGCUGAAGGCUUGAAUUUAUGAAACUGUUACAAAAACUGACUAUCUUGAUUACCUGAGGGAAAUCAGAUUACUGUCUCCAACAUUUCUUCGUUCAUUCACCUCAUAUGAUGAUACUCUUUCAUUUGUGAAACUUUUGAAAGGGAAUUUAAUUUGUCAGACAUGCUAUGAAUUCAUCUUUUCAGUGUCUGAUUUAGAUACCCUGAAACACUUGCAAGUUUGAACAGAUAAGCAAUUAAAACACCACCUGGUUGCAAAAUUUAUUUAAAGUUUUGAGAGUAAAGGGAAACAGUGUGUUCACAAGAGUGAAACGUCCUUGACAAUUAAUACAUCUACCAAAUAUUUUUGCAGCUGACAAGAGAUGUUCAGUUCAGCUUGGAUAAUCUCAACACAUAACAGAAAUUGCUCAGGACUUUAUUGUCCAGCUUCUGCUUCUAUCCCGGCAGCUGUGUUCUGCUGCUGUUGAUCAGCCUUGUCUGACUGUGCCUCAGCUUAACCUUGGAAACUUGAAAAUAAAUGGUCCCUUUCAUGAUUCCAAAGUGUUCAAACCAUCAUACUGUGUGCAUUUUGCAUUGCGGCUCCCUUUUGAAUAUUUUUCCUGAUGUAUUCUCUCUGUGGAA